CUACCUUCGCCACAGAGAGAGCCACUCCAUCAGAGAGUGGAUGCAUACCUACAUUCAAGGGGUCAGAGCUGAGAUGGAAAGGACCCUGGGGACCCAAAAGAGUAUGCCUUGCAUGAGAAUCCUGCCUGGGAGCCUGAAGCACCUGCCAUAACAGACCCUCAACAGCUAUCUGGUGGGAAAACUGAGGCCCAGAGAUUAACUGUGACCAACUUUCAUCUAACUCCGAAGCACAGACUUUCCUCUACAAAUAGAGGUGAUUUCUCCUUCAAUCUCUUUCUCCGUGUGAAUAGCUUCUUCAACAUGAGCUACAACAUCUACCUGGCCUUUGUGUGUCUGAGUCUCCUUGCUCAAAGGACAUGUAUCCAGGGGAACCAGUUCAAUGUGGAGGUCAGCAGAAGUGACAAGCUUUCCUUGCCUGGCUUUGAGAACCUCACUGCAGGAUAUAACAAAUUUCUCAGACCCAAUUUUGGUGGUGACCCAGUUCGGAUAGCACUGACUCUGGACAUCGCAAGCAUCUCUAGCAUUUCAGAGAGUAACAUGGACUACACAGCCACCAUAUACCUCCGACAGCGCUGGACAGACCCACGGCUGGUGUUCGAAGGCAACAAGAGCUUUACUCUAGAUGCCCGUCUCGUGGAGUUCCUCUGGGUACCCGACACUUACAUUGUAGAGUCCAAGAAGUCCUUUCUCCAUGAAGUCACCGUAGGAAACAGGCUCAUCCGCCUCUUCUCCAACGGCACUGUCCUGUAUGCACUCAGAAUCACAACAACUGUUACAUGCAACAUGGACCUAUCUAAAUACCCUAUGGACACACAGACCUGCAAGUUGCAGCUAGAGAGCUGGGGAUACGAUGGCAAUGAUGUGGAGUUCACCUGGCUGAGAGGGAAUGAUUCUGUACGUGGGCUUGAAAGCCUGCGCCUUGCUCAGUACACCAUCCAACAGUAUUUCACUUUGGUCACCGUAUCCCAGCAGGAGACAGGAAACUAUACUCGAUUGGUUUUGCAAUUUGAGCUUCGGAGGAAUGUUCUGUAUUUCAUUCUGGAAACCUAUGUUCCUUCUACUUUCCUGGUGGUGUUAUCCUGGGUUUCAUUUUGGAUCUCCCUCGAUUCGGUUCCUGCGAGAACCUGCAUUGGAGUGACAACUGUGUUAUCCAUGACCACACUGAUGAUUGGUUCCCGCACAUCCCUACCCAACACCAACUGCUUCAUAAAGGCCAUCGAUGUGUACCUGGGGAUCUGCUUUAGCUUCGUGUUUGGGGCCUUACUGGAGUAUGCUGUUGCUCACUACAGCUCCUUACAGCAGAUGGCAGUCAAAGAUAGGGGGACAGUGAAGGAAUCAGAAGAUGUCAAUAUUACUAACAUCAUCAACAGCUCCAUAUCCAGCUUUAAGCGAAAGAUCAGCUUUGCCAGCAUUGAAAUUUCUGGUGACAAUGUCAACUACAGUGACUUGACAAUGAAAGCCAGCGACAAGUUCAAGUUUGUCUUCCGAGAAAAGAUCGGCAGAAUUGUUGAUUAUUUCACAAUUCAAAAUCCCAGCAAUGUGGACCGAUAUUCCAAACUGCUAUUUCCUUUGAUUUUUAUGUUAGCCAAUGUAUUUUACUGGGCAUACUACAUGUAUUUUUGAGAUGGCAUUGAAUUUUUGUAAGCCAUGUCUUUAAUAGAAUAACAUUAUAAUGCUAAAGAUAUUCUAGGACAUGUGUAUGCACUUUAGCCCAGAAAGCUACAAAUGGGCUAAAAUAAUGACUAUUCUAAGAUGUGUAGAAGUCCUAGCAUGACAAGAACCUAUAAUGAAAUCACUAUGAAGUGACCUUUUUCUUCUUCAGUUUUGGACAGACAUCCCCACGGAGCUCAAGAUCACAAACCUACUCAGGGCUCUUUGCUCUCUGGGUACCCGGUUUUCAUUCACUGCAUAAAAAUACAGAUUGAGGGUUUUAUUUUCUAAAGAAUUCAUAGUGGCAUUUACUAAAUCUCUGCAAUGUUUAUAAGAUGAAUGCUUGCCAGUUUAGGGAACAACAUUUUCUAAUUUUUGUUUUUCCUUGAAGUGAAAUGUGGGUUCAUGUCAAUUCACUGGUGGUCACCAUACUGCAUCAACUUAAUACCAGAUGAGUUCUCAGUAUUACUUAGUACCACAGGAGAAUUGUCCUCAAAUUCCAGUAAGUUCUAUUAUUGAGAAAGCAAAUGUUAAUGAAUAAAAUUACCGGAUCAAUAAACUAAAACAUAAAUCCUUUAAUAUGGUUCCCCAAGCUUGAGGAACUCCUGGGAUUUACACCACUGUUACACAUUAUUUUAUUGUUAUACACUCUGAGUCCUAAACUGUAUAAAAGCUAUUUCCCACACCAGGGAAACAGGAAGAUGUUUUGAACUCAUUUUAGGAUUCUUAGUACAGAACACUGCCACGAAGACUUGCUGGGUCAAGUCUAUUCUUGAUCCACCUUUACUCACACACUGGCUAGGUUCCAAGUAGACCAGAGAGUUCUCAGACAGCCUGUCAUUUUGUUGAUCUCACACUGGGGAACGUUUUGUCAGUGGGAGAUCCCCUGUAUCCUUCCAGGAGGAGCUGUCAUCCCUGUACUCCAGUGACCAGGCAGAAGUGAUACCUUUAGAUAAGGAGCCAUAUGACCCAGAUACAAAUACCUUGUCUUGUAUAAAUUAUUUUCGCCAAUCCUCAUAACUGGACUAAAUUUUUUCUUUGACCAUGUCUUUACUUGCAAGGGUUCAGUGCAAAGAGUCAUUGGUCUGGUUUGAGGCCUCUGGUUUCUGCUACACUGUGAUGCUGGGCCCUAACUGGGACUCCUCUUGGAUACCCUGUUGUUUCUUUGUGUCGUGGAGGUCCUGCAGUUUUAGGUCUACAGGACAGGUCCUUCACAAGCUCCAGAAAAUCACAAAUAGGGUGGAUAUUGGGGUGGGCCAACCCAUAACCUGGUUCUGGGCCUGCAUAGUUGCAAGGUUGAUCAUCCUGCAAGCUCUUUCCCCUUCCGCCCCCCCCCACCCUGAUCCUCACUACCAGGGUGAGCUCUCUAGUAGCUGGACAACUUUAAGUGGCUUAUCCUGCACUCCCAGGAGACGACUGGCCCUGAGUCUUGAAUUCUCUGAGCAGAGAUAAGACCAUGAGUUGUCUUUUCUGAGUUCAGCCAGUGUCACCCUGACCUAGGAACUCAUGUACUCCUCUCCCUCGAUCCUUGGGACUCAACUAUUUCAAAGACACUCACCAUCCUCAGCGCUUCAGCCUUCUUUUCUAAUGAAUGUAUGCCUUUUACUAUCCUUUCUAAAACAAACCAGAACUUCAGAUGGUCUUUGUUUUCACUUCCAUAGGCUCUCCUUUUUAUUGUCAUGAUACUCCUCUUCAUGAUUCAGUUUCUAUGAGCUUGAUUGUCUGGCACUUAACAAAUGUUUCUACUUUAAAAUUCUUUAAAUUGUUGGAAUAUACUUUGAAGCUAGGUGUAGUUGUACCAUUAGAAUUCUUAGUAAAAUCUCUGUAUAUUUUAUAAUUGUCAUGCACAUCUUUAAGGGGAGAGGUUAGUAGGAGAUGGGAAAUGUGGUUAAAGGAUUCAACCAUAUUUGUAAUUUUUUAUAAAAAAAUGUUUAAAAUAUAACUUCACUGAGGACUCAUGUAAGCUAUUGAAUAAUGAUAAUUGUAAAUAUGUGAAACUAUAAAAUAAAUAUACCAUAUGAGCUA